UAUUUUGGAUUUCUCGGGGAGUUACACGAACUUGUUUUCAGCGAUCAUGUUACAUUGAUUCAAGAAAAUCUCUUCCAGGUUCCCUCAGUGAAAAAAAUACACGAUAUUUUUAAAUUGAUGCGAUACAUGUUUACCAUUUAGUUUUCAUCUGGGUUUAUUACUCGCAUAGGCCGUAAUAAAAAUCACAAUGUUAUCAUUCUCGUUGUAAAUUGGACGAAAUUUACCGAAAUUUCAUUAUUUACUCUUUGAUAAGAGCAGUAUAAAGUUGUGAACGAGAAGAAAUCUUGCGAAAUAAAAAUGGGUGAAUAUUCCGAAAUUACCGAAAUGGAUGACAUACAAUGCACCAAACCGUGCAGUGGAGCUACAUUAAUUUGGCGAAAUGUGAAUGUUUACACAAAAGAUAAGAAAAAUGGACGAGGAAAAAUGAAUCUAAAGCAAAUCAUAAACAAUUCGACGGGAUUUAUUCAGCCCGGCACUUUGAUGGCGGUUAUGGGAUCAAGUGGCGCCGGAAAAACUACACUAUUCUCUGCAUUGGCGUUUCGGAACAUGGCUGGAACUGUCGUAAAAGGUGAAAUUCUAGUAAACAAUCGACCAGUUGGACCAUUUAUGCAUCGUUUGAGUGGCUUCGUGCACCAAGAAGAUAUCUUUGAUGGCACUUUAACAGUUUUGGAGCAUAUGACUUUUAUUGCGAAUCUUAAACUGGACAAGCGGAUCAGCAGACAGAAGAAGAGCUCUUUAGUGAAUUCAACAUUGGGCAGGGUCGGCUUAUUACAUUGCGUCAAUACUCGAAUCGGGGAUACUGACAAAGGCAAAGCGCUAUCCGGUGGAGAGAAGAAACGGUUAUCUUUUGCUGCGGAACUUCUAACCAAUCCAGUUCUCCUUUUUUGUGACGAACCAACCACGGGAUUAGAUGCAUACAGUGCGCAGCAACUUGUGAGCAUUCUCGUUCGAUUGACAAAACAAGGAACGACGAUCAUGUGCACAAUCCACCAGCCUUCGAGUCAAAUAUUUUCCAUGUUCCACAAGCUAUUACUUUUAGCCGAUGGUCGUGUUAGUUUUAUCGGCACUCCUGAUGGAGCCAUUUCAUUUUUCUCAUUAAAUGGAUAUCAGUGUCCUGCUGCAUUCAAUCCCGCCGACUUUUUGAUUGGUGUCCUAUCGAAGACUGAACCGGGACAAGAGCCAAACAAUAUUGCUCAUCAGCUUUGUGAUGCAUUCGAAGCGUCUCGCAAAGAUCAAGUGAACGAACGACCGAACGGUUUCGUUAUCGAUGAGGAUAAUAAGCAGUAUGAAAUUCAAAAACCGCUUUGGAUAUUCACAGUUUAUUGGUUGAUCUAUCGGAAUUUUCUGAUUGUGGCGAGAGAUCCUUCCAUUCAAAAACUACGGAUUGUACAAAAAAUUGCAAUUGCCAUAAUGGCCGGUCUUUGUUUCUACGGUUCAGUUAGCUUGGAUCAGUAUGGCAUUCAGUCGGUGCAAGGAGCUUUGUUUAUACUGAUAUCCGAAAAUACAUUUGCGCCGAUGUAUUCAGCACUUAGUCUGUUCCCCAGAAGAGAUCCAUUGUUCAUACGUGAACGACAGGCAGGCUUAUACAAUACACUUCAGUACUAUAUAACGAAUGUUGCUGCAUUGAUACCUAGCUUGAUUGUUGAACCCUUCAUUUUUACCAUAAUUUUGUACUUUUUGGCUGAACUCAGACCAACAUUUUACGCAAUCUUCAUAACAUCGAUAGUAACAAUUAUUGUUAUGAAUGUUGCAACAGCUUGCGGUUGUUUCUUUUCAAUUGCAUUCAAUUCGGUGGACAUGGCCAUUGGAUUUCUCGUUCCGUUCGAUGUUUCUCUGAUGAUCACUUCCGGUGUCUUUAUAAAACUCAACUCCAUUCCAUAUCCGUUGAAUGUUAUUAAGUAUGUAUCUUGGAUGAAAUAUGCCAACGAAGCGAUGACAAUCGUUCAAUGGGAAGGCGUUACCAACAUAACUUGUAAUUUUGAAGCUCAAUUGCCGUGCAUUGGAUCGGCUGAGGAGAUCUAUAGUCAAUUCGAUUUUACUGAAGACGAUUUCUACACUGAUUUCUACGCCUUGGCGGCUUUGUAUUUGGCAUUCAAUAUUCUUGCUUUUCUGCUACUAUGGCUCAGAGUUAGGAAACAUUGAUGUGACAAAUGAUGUUAAAACACUUUAUUUCGGACGUAAUGAAUAUGCUGGUCGGUCCAGUUGAAUUUUGAACAACA